UUGAACCACGAGAAGUGGAGAGAGGAAGACCGUUGCGGACAGUUCGGACGAUAUCUGUGUUUAUAAUUUGGAAUAUAUUGGAUUACAUAGCUGAACUGCUUGUGCAUAUACCACAGACUAUCAACAGAGACGUUGGAUAUUUGUAUUUUCCAUAUACGAAAUUGCCCGUGUGAUGUAGAAAGUGCUGCUGUCAAACUCUGGUAAUGUGAGCCCGGUUGAAAAUACAUACAUGACAGGGAAUGGAGAAUUGUAUGAAACGCCGUGAUCUCUUGUCUGAGGACAGUGAUCAAGAAAAUUGUGUUGAACGUGGAAUCAUCAGCCCCUACAAGAAACUGAAGCUGUCCGACUCCCCUUUCCUCCGCAGUGGAGAAUGUCAAGUACAAUAUUCAGCGCCCAUUGCUACCAAGAAAACACACAAAGUCCUGCAAAGUCAAGGACAACUGAAGGUAUCUGCCUACAUGAACUUUGGCUUGUUGACUGUUCAUGUCGUUCAAGCCCGUAACCUUUCUUCCAACUGGAAGCCACAAUGUGACUCAUAUGUUAAGAUGUCACUGGUCCCCGAUGAAUCUCGACGUACUCGCUGCAAGACCCAGGCAGUCUUGGACUCCAACAACCCCACCUAUGAUGACAAAUUCUCCUUUGAACUCCUUGAUGAAGAUCAGAAUAAGCGUCUUCUGAUUUCUCUCUGGCACAAGGACCAAAAUAGCAGCUUGAACGAGUUCCUCGGCUGUAUGUCCUUUGGGGUGAAGCAUCUCGUGAACCCCAACAAGGAAGUCAAUGGAUGGUACUACCUUCUUACAGAAGAAGUUGGUCGCAAGAAGCACCUGCAAGUCUCAUCCAGACCAAAAACUUCAGCAGCCCCUCUCAAGUCAAAGAACAAUUACCAGAACAUCCCCGUCAUCAAUAAGGAUGUUAUUGGGCUUGAGCCCAUCACUGUCAACAUGUACAGAGGCAAGAAUGGCUAUGGCUUCUCCGUAAUUGACUCCUUUCCCGUCAAGGUCGGUCGUGUGGAUGGUGCUUCUCCAGCUGAAAUGGGUGGUCUGAAGCAAGGUGACUGCAUCAUCAAGGUCAACGGCCAGAACGUCUCUCGCUCCACCUGUGUCAGUGUCGCCAAGCUUGUCAAACGUAGCAGUAGCAAGCUCAUCCUGGAUGUCCAACGCCAGAAGGAAGUUUCCAUUGAGACCUUCGAGAAGUCCCCAUGGAAGCCAAAAGCCCCCAUCUAUGAGUCCAUCCACAACAACUCCACUGAUGAUCAUGACUCAUCUGAUGGUGACAUUGAAGAAACAAAGGCUGACCAGUGCAUCUCUGUCGACCAUGCCUUCAUGGAAGACUUGGAGGAGGAUGACUUCAUUGCCACCAGCACCCCACUCCCUCUGCUUCUCGGUGGUCACAGGACUGCCUACACUGGUCUUGCUGAGCGCCGCAAGCAGGAAGCUGUUCACCGCCUGAUGAGUCUUGAGCUCGACUACAUUGACUUCAUGCAUGCUGGUAUGCAGCGAUACUCCCGUCCUCUCCGCCACUGCAUCCUGUCUGCCCAGCAGCACAAGGCUGUGUUCCAGAACAUAGAAAAGCUGGUGACCAUCUCAGAGUACCACAUCAAGCAGAUGCAGGACAACCAGCCAUCCAUGUACUCGGACACUGAUGAUGACUCUCAGUCCUCAGAGUCAGGCCACUUCCUCGCCUCCAUGGGGCUCAUCUACCAGUCCAAGGUCCACAUGCUCUGCCAAGCCUAUGAGAUAUACGCACAUGGUCUUUCGGAUGCCAAUGGUGUUCUCUCAGACCUCAAGAGGAAUGAAGAUUUCAUUCGAUUUGUCAAGAAUCCUCAGCUUCUGUCAGGUCAGCCCAGCAUCUCAGCAUUCAUCUACCGCCCCAUCCAGCACGUGAAGGAACUGUACCAGGUCCUCCAAGAUAUUUUCGCCAACACCCGUAGUGACUCCCAAGACCACAUCACCCUCCAGCAGGUUGUUGAUGGCAUGCAAGCCUGUGUCAACAACAUCACCAACUGCAGCAGCGCUCGUGUGUCAAGCUGGUCCUCCCUCACCUCCUCCAAGAGCAAACCCAGCAGUAUCGACAGUGGCAGCAUGAAGUCAGGGUCAUCCAGCUCAUCUGGUAGCUCUUCCUCCUCCCACAAGAAGAGCACUGGCUCGUCCAUCCCCAGCUCCUACUCCAUGAACACCAUCCGCUCCUCUGUUGACUCUGAGGUCAUGAGGAUCCAGGACAGACUUGUCUUCUCCAAGAAUGUUCCCGUGUUCCAGCUCUGCCAGGAGGAACGCCACCUUAUCUACCAGGGUGAUGCCUUCAAGUGGGCAGGCCGCCAAUGGACCAAGGUUCACAUGCUCAUGUUUUCGGAUGUUCUUCUCCAAGUUGAAGAAGAACAUGACUACCUCCGUGUCCUUGAAGAGCCCCUCUUCCUCCGAGACAUCUGUGGAAUUGAAGCUCAGAGAAAGCAUGCAACUGAAUUCAUCCUCCACACCUGCCCCAAGUCACCAUGUACCGGAAUCCCCAUCCAGCAGAAAAUGGUUCUCAGAGCCCCUACAACGGAAGACAAGUGUGUCUGGAAAUCACUCAUUGAACAACGUGUGUACUCAGUCCGCGGCUCCCUCCACACCUUCAGCAGCAGCAGCGGCCACAUUGACGAGAUCUCCGCCCGAUCCAGCAUCAUCAUCUAAGUGUUGUGUUCCUAUGCCGACUACAUACAGAAUGAUGGAUAGACUGGAUUAUGUGUGUCAUCUUCCAAAGACUUUGUUUGGAUGUGUUUAUAGUGCUCUGACAAUGUGGGGACAACUGAUCUGAAAUGUGAUCCAAGUGCAAUCUUUGUAUAGUGAAUUAUUGUACAUAGAAAACCAUCAGCAAUUGUCAACUUUCUGUCCUGCGAUGCAUUGUUACAGACACCAGCAUGCACCACAAAUACACUACUUCCUGUUCUUGCUUUCUCAUGUUGCAAUAUUGCUGUCGGAUGGUUAAGUGCUAUGUUUGUAGAAAUGUCUCCGCUUUGUCAUCUUGUCCAUUUGUACAUAGUCCACUGUGCUGUAAUCUAUCAUUCGUAUUUAUGUCUGUAUAGAAAUACAAUAAAUGGCAAAUCAAAACAAAA